AUGGAGAGCCCAACAUGCGUAGUUGGCCGAGCAAUAUACAAUCAACCCAUGCACCUGUGGGAUAGUUCAACAGGGAAUGUGGCAGAUUUUGUCACCCAUUUUACUUUCGCUAUUGAUUCCCAUAUGAACUUCUCCCAUGCUGAUGGAUUGGUUUUCUUUCUCGCUCCCAAUGGAUCGCAGAUUUCUGCACACUCAGAAGGACGCUUUCUAGGCCUCUCUGCGAAUCUAAGCUCUACCAACUCUAGUACUGCAUUUGUUGCAGUAGAGUUUGAUACUUUCUAUGACCAUUCGACAAAUACAUGGGAUCCGCUAUGUGACCAUGUUGGUAUCAAUGUAAACAGCGUGGCUUCUGUCAGUAAAACUUGUGUCUCAUGGAUGGAUUACAACAUACGCCACGGUCAAGAACUCCAUGCUCAGGUCACAUACGAUUCUAGAGCAAUGAACUUGAGCGUUAUUUUUGGAGAUGACGCUGAAAAUUCUGUCAGCCUUUACUAUCAGCCACUCAACCUCACAGAGUACUUGCCGGAAUGGGUAGUUUUUGGUUUCUCGGCAACGACAGGGCAGUUGUUUGAGGCUCAUUCUAUUUUCUCAUGGGAAUUCAACUCUAGUCUACGAAUCCUUGACACUGUAAAUGGUACGACCAAUACCGUCAACACACCUGAUGGUGGCAUGACACGAGGGAAAAAGAGUGAGUCCUGGGUGAGGGGGGCUAUCUUAGGCUUAAGCUCUUUUGUGUUUCUUAUCCUUGUUGCAGGAUUUGGCUGGUAUGGUUAUAGGCUGAAGAGAAAUAGAACUGAUCAAAGUGGAGAAGAAGAAAACGUGCCCAGGAUGGAUGAAGAAUUUGAACAGUCGAAGGGACCCAAGAAGUACUCCUACAAGGUAUUGGCUAUUGCGACUGACAACUUUGCCAAUGCCCGGUUGCUCGGGAAAGGAGGUUUUGGGGGUGUGUAUGAAGGCCACCUCGUUGAUGUAGAUUCCCAUGUCGCCAUUAAAAAGAUCACUCCAAAUUCCAAACAAGGUGUGAAGGAGUACGCCACUGAAGUGAAGACGAUUAGACAUCUCAGGCAUAAAAAUUUAGUGGAGCUCGUUGGCUGGUGUCAUGAGAGAAACAACUUCCUCCUUGUGUACGAGUUCAUGUCUAACGGUAGCUUAGACUCUCAUUUAUUUGAAGAUAAAGCACCGUUGACAUGGGAAAAGAGGUAUAAUAUUGCUCAAGGUGUCGCCUUUGGACUGAAAUACUUGCAUGAGGAUUUGAAACAAUGCGUCAUGCACCGGGAUAUAAAGUCUAGCAAUAUCCUACUCGAUGCACAUUUUGAGGCUAAAUUGGGCGAUUUUGGCCUGGCUCGGAUAGUUGACCAUGCCAAAGGCUCACAAACAACUCUAGUGGCAGGGACCAUGGGAUAUUUGGCCCCUGAAUGUAUAUAUAUGAGUAAGGCAAGUAAGGAAUCCGAUAUCUAUAGUUUUGGAGUUGUCCUCUUAGAAAUUGCGUGUGGAAGAAAGGCUAUUGAACAGAGAGCAUCAGAAGACCAAGUCCGACUUGUGGAGUGGGUCUGGGAGCUCUAUGGAACUGGAAAGCUAUUAGAUGUGGCAGAUCCUAAGUUAGGAGAAAAUUUCAAUGCAAGACAAAUGGAGUGCUCGAUGAUUGUAGGCCUCUGGUGCAUUCAUCCGGACCCUAACGAACGGCCUCCCAUAAGCAAAGCAAUAAGCUUUUUGAACUUUGAUGCUUCACCACCCAUUCUCCCACCAAAAAUGCCCAUCCCGACAUAUGUCGUGUCUCCAUCUUCGAUGCCCGAAUUGUCGCACGUGUCGUCCGCAGCGUUCAGAAGCAGUGAACCAUAA